ACUUAUUCUAUUUUUGACCAUCACCUACAAUCUGAUUUAUUACAUUGCAUUCUCUAGCUGUGAGCGUGAUGAGCGCCGAGUUCCACCCAGGAUAGCACUCCCACUCUUCUAUCACAGCGGUAUCCCUGUUUCAGUUCUUCGUACCCUCGAUCUAUUGCCUUAAGGAUCAGAAUAUCGACCGGCUGCAUGCUGUUUCGAGAAGCAAAGUGGAUACAACAACGUUAUGUGUUUUCUUUCCGCUGGCGCACUUAAGUUCUUCAUGUACGGCGUUCUUGCUCUAAUCACCAUUUAUCACCCUUGAGCGCGUUUACACUCUGUUGCAAGCAGCAUGUCUUUCUGGAUCUACGCUCUAAUUAUUGCAUUUCUGUUGUUUUGGAGAUUCUCACUGUCUUCCAAGAACCGAUACCCUCCCGGGCCUCCAUCGGUUCCAGGAGUGGGACAUGUAUUCCAGGUACCUACAACCCAGACUUGGAGGUACUUUGAAAACCUGUCUCUGAGAUAUGGUCCUCUGUUUAGAUUAUCGCUCGCCGGGAACGACGUUCUUGUUUUGAAUAAAUCGAUCGAUGCGGAGGAGUUGUUGGGCAGACGCUCCCACAACUAUUCUUCCCGGCCUCCACUUGUAUAUGCGGGAAAAUAUCAAUCAAACAAUAAGCGCCUCGUCUUACUUCCUUACGGGCCGACUCUCAAGAGGCAGCGGACGGCGUUCCAUCAGAUGCUACAACCUCGAGUCGUUGGAGCAUACGAAAGUAUGCAAGAGUUUGAAUCUCUUCGGUUGCUGCAUGAUAUCGUGAACAAACCGACCGAGGCAUUUCGUCAUAGUCAGCGUUUCGCUGCGGCAUUAGUGUUUACUUUGAGCUAUGGAAAACGUCUCGGAGACAAUGACAGCGAUUUGGACAGUGUCAUCGCUGUCAUACAGGGCUUCGUACGCGAUACUUAUCCGGGAGCUCAUCUUGUGGAUACAUUCCCUGCCUUGGACCUACUUCCGGAUUUCUUGGCCCCUUGGCGCGCGAAGGCGCGCGCCAAACAUGAAUUCGAGAUGAAAUUGUAUAAUCGCCUUGUGUUAGAGGUCAAGGAUCGCAUGGAAUCCGGUAAACAAGACCUCGAAUGCUUCGCGGCCCGAUUAUGGGAACGUCAAAAUAUAGAGGCUCUGGACCUCGAAGAAAUUUCCUAUGUCGCCGGUACGGCGUUCGAAGCUGGCACCGAUAGUACGGCUGGCACCAUUCAGUGGUUCUUCAUGGCGAUGAUUCUCUACCCGGAUGCCAUGCGUCAAGCACAAGUGGAAUUGGACGGUCUCCUCGGAGCAGACGGACAGACAGUCCCUGGAUUCGCCCACAUCAAUGAACUUCCAUAUUGCUUUGCCCUCACCAAAGAGGUGUUACGGUGGGCUCCUGCGGCUCCCGGUGGGUUUCCACACUACUCUGAUGCAGAUGAUGAGUAUAAGGGUUUCAAGAUCAAUGCGAAAACGAUGGUUAUACCCUGCAUUUGGUCGAUGCAUCACGAUCCAGACGAGUUCCCCGAUCCUUACGUAUUCAGACCAGAGAGAUUUUUACCUAGCGGAGGCGCUGUUGAGAAUGAUUUACUCACCGAGGGCCACUACGGAUUCGGAUUCGGUCGCAGAAAAUGUCCUGGACAAUAUCUAGGUUCUAAGACUAUUUGGAUAGGACUGACGCGACUGUUGUGGGCUUUCGACAUUCAGCCGGGCCUUGACAAAGACGGAAAGCCGGUAAUUAUCAGUCCUGAUAAUUGUACCUCAGGAAUGACUUCGUGAGUCACGUUUCUUUGAGCGUCUAGUAUCUAUUUGAUGUGAAUCUGCUGUAGGAAGCCGGUGGAUUUCGAGAUGCGAUUAAUGCCACGGUCUGAUGGACAUGCCGCUACCAUCAGAAGGGAGUGGGCGUUACUCAAUUCCGUGACAGGUCAGCUUUGAAGAGAGCAUUGAAUACUAUUUUUAAACCUCCAGGAUGCACAAAUAACUCAGUAAAUAAUGAUAUCCAUCAUACCCU